AUGGUGAAGUUGGAGCUGGAUCAAGUGUUGGUACGGAGGAUGAAGGAGGAUGACAUAGACACUGUCAAAGCACUCAUCAAGGAAGGAGGUGAAGGAACGGAGAACCGCCUCAUCCUCCACGUCCUCACCCGUCCUCUGUGUCUCUUCGUCCUCGCUAUCAUUUCCUCAGUGCUCCGCUGCGUCGUCCACUCCUUCAUCUUGGCACUGGCCAUACCCGUCUUCCUGCUCAUCGUCUUCCUGAAGAUCACCAUGCCGAGGGCCACGGGGGUCCUGGGCACCAGCCGGCCCUGCUGGGACUACGUGGGCAGCAGCCUCAGGGGGGCCGGGGACGAUAUCCUGGAGAACCCCUACACCAGGAUCAGCGGCAAGACAGCAACCACACAAAAGCCAAAGCGGAGGAUGAAACCCAAGACCACGGAGGAGGCGUCCGCCCCGUCGGAGAGGAUCGACCCGGACCGGGAGGAGGCGGCGGGCCAGGUGUGGCUGGCCGACUGCGACGGCGAGAUCGCUGGCUGUGUGUGCCGGGAGAGUGAGAAGCGCCCGGGGAUCAGGAGGAUCUGCAGGGUGGUGGUGGGCUCCUGGUACCGUAGGGAGGGCCUUGGUCGCCUCCUGGUCCAGAGCCUGGAGCACAGGGAGAGGGAGGCCGGGGUCUGCAGGCUCUACGCCCACGUGCCGGUCCCGUCCACGCUUGGGGAGGUGUUCUUCAGGAAGCUGGGCUACCGGCCGCUGGGAGAGCGGACCGGAGAAGAAGGCGAGGAGGAGGAGGAUGAGGAGGUGAAGGUGGAGAGGCCAGAAAGGGGCUUCCUGGGUUUCCCCCUAACCAAGGUGUAUUUCAAAGACCUCUGA